AUGAGUGGCACUGGAGAAGAAACCAGCUUCAACCAGUUGGUGCAGGAACUACGUGAGAUCCUGGAAACGACGCGCCAGGAACGCAGCGAGUCCAUGGAGAGUGUCUCCAUCUCUUUGCAGGAAAGCAGCAUGAACAUGAGUCGUUUGGCAGAGGAAAGCCAAGCAACCCAGAAGCUCCUGUCCGACUACAAGAAGGAAACAGAAGAGAUCAAGAACAUCGUGAAGGAGAUCAAGCAAAAUGAAGCAGAAGCCAAAGACGAGGUGAAGGAGAUCGUCAAAGACUUGAAGGAAAGAAUCGAAAGCCUUGAAGAUUUCGUGAAGUGGUACGCCCAGGAAGAAGAAGAAGAGGAAGAAGACAACGAGGAGAACGACGCGGAGAAGGAAAGAAACUACAUCGUGGACUACCUCAUCUACCAGUUCGAAAGGAAAGAAGCACAGGCAGCAAAGGAAGCCAAGGAAGCAAAGGCAGCAGCAAUCAAGGCCAAGGAAGAAGAGGAAAGGCACAGGAAGAAUGCAGCAGCCCAAGCAGCAGCAGCAGAGAAGGAAGCAGAAGCAAGGAAGGAGCUCGAGGAAGCAGUCCUCUUGCUUAUGCAGGAAAGAGAGAAGGACAAGGAAAGGAUUGAAAGGCUCGAGAAGGCACUCAGCCAAAGAGGAAGCGAUGCAGGAUCAACAACGGAAGAGGAGAGCCGCAGCCCAGCAAAGGAAAAGGAGGAGAAGGAAGACCCAGAGGUGAAGGAAAAAGGACCGUACUCGCCGAGGAGCUACGUGAAAGGCUCAGGAAAAGACAAGACAAGGAACAGCUACGCCGUCUUCCAGUACAAGGAAAAGUUCUACCAGUGGAAGUGGAACAACGACAGCCAGUACUGGUACUUCUUCGAUUCAGAAGGAAAAAGUCCCGGUGAAGGAAAAUGGGUGAAGCAGCACAAGGACAAGAACGGCAGGAAAGUUUGUGACGAGCAGCUCAAGAAGUUCGAGAAGUUCGUUGAGGAGAAAAGGAAAGAGAAGGACAAAAGCCAGGAGAAAGGAGAAGAAGGAAAAGGAAGCAGCAGCAGCAGCAACAAGGACGUCGACGAUGGCUACUACGAGAUCACAAGCUUUUCGUGA